CUUUCGGCCAAUCAGAAAAGAGAUAGUUCAAUUUAUAAUAUUUAUAGUUUUGUAUCACUUAAAGUGAACAGCGCCGAGUUGAAGAAAUAUCAGACAGUACUGAAUCGAUUGUCAGCAACCAAACUUGCCAAGCAAAAAGGAAGAUAAUCACCAGAAAAUACAGUUUAAAAGACAGCAUGGAAAUCCCUUCCACACCGAAAAUCUUUGAAGAAUAUAUGAUGCCAUGUAACACCUCUCGUAAAAAACGCAGAUUGAGCAAAUCUGAACGGACACGACAGCGCCAAGAGAUGUUAUGUCGAAAAGGUUCCAGAAUGUUACCAGAUUUUUUCCCGCUUGAUGAACAAAAGAAAGAAACCUUGAAUCAGCAAAUCAUUCUUUCAACCAAACCGAUUAACAUAGUGAAGAAAUACUCUUGGGAAAAUGAGGAAAGCGGAGAGUCUGAAGCGCAAACGAUCGCUAAAUCGUGGAUGAUGUACUUUGGCGCCGAGCGCCGAGUAGAAGAAAUAUCAGACAGUAACCGAUUGUCAACAACCAAACUUGCCAAGCAAAAAGGAAGAUAACCACCAGAAAAUACAGUCUAAAAGACAGCAUGGAAAUCCCUUCAACACAGAAAGUCUUUCAAGGAUAUAUGACACCAUGUAACAGCACUCGUACAAACCGCAGAUUGAGCAAAUCUGAACGGACACGACAGCGCCAGGGGAUGUUAUGUCGAAAAGGUUCCAGAAUGCUACCAGAUUUUUUCCCGCUUGAUGAACAAAAGAAAGAAACCUUGAAUCAUCAAAUCAUUCUUUCAACCUGAAACGGAUUAAAAUAGUGAAGAAAUACUCUUGGGAAAAUGAGGAAAGCGGAGAGUCUGAAGCUCAAACGACCGCUGAAUCGUGGAUGAUGUACUUGGGCGUCGAGACCUGUGAUUCUUGAUGUUCUUUUGGGGGACUGUGUGUGUUACCAUGCCUGAGAAAAAUUCGUUUGACAAAGAAUUUGUAAUGUUUUUACUCAGUAUCUAAGCAGGUCAUGUUAAUCUCUAGGACGAAUUAUAAUGUAGUUUCAGCUUGAGAUUAGUUGAAAAGGUUACAUAAUAGGGUGUAUCAAUUUUCUAACUAACAUGUCCGUGCU